UCGGUCAGACGUUAGUCAUGCGUGCUCUACUGUGUAUCACUUGUUUAGUGUUAACAACAAAUCUCUGCAGAUCGGCGAAAAUACUGGGAGUAUUCCCUGUACCCGUCUACAGCCACCAGCAAGUGUUCCGAACUUUAAUUGAAGAAUUGGCCAGGCGGGGUCACGAAGUCACUGUCAUCACACCAUUCCCCACAGCGUCAGAAAGCGUCGGCAACAUAACUCAGAUAUCUAUUGAAGAUAGCAUUGAAGAUAUAAGAUUUAAUGCACUUAAACAGGAAUUGAAAGAUGCAGAAGACAUAGUUACACAGCAGAAGGCAACUUUUAGAGUUGUACACGAAAUGUUCGAUAUAUUAUUGAGUAGGGAUUUAAAAGAAUUCCUGAGGAGCGGCCAAAAGUUCGAUUUGAUUAUAGUGGAAGCUUGCGUGCGAUUAAACCUUAUUUUCUCUCACAUAUUCAAAGCACCGCUGAUCCAAAUAAGUUCCUUCGGCGCAGUGACUGAUACUUUCGAAAUGAUGGGAGGUCCGACACAUCCCUUACUGUAUCCAUUGGCCAUUCGGGAGAAGUUCAAAAACCUGUCCUAUAUUGAUAAAGUGAAUGAGAUAGCGCAACACUACGGUGUAGCAAGAGCAUUCCACGAUAGCGAGAAGCCCGAAGAUGAUUUGAUUAAGAAACAUUUGGGCGCUGAUUUUCCCACUUUGAAGGAAUUGAAACAAAAUGUCGCAAUGGUAUUUCUUAAUGUGAAUCCGAUUUGGGAUUCCAAUAGGCCGGUACCUCCGAACGUAGUCUAUUUGGGAGGUCUACAUUUGAGGAAAGAAAAGCCCCUUCCGAAGGAUCUGAAAGCCAAGCUGGAUUCAGCAAGCAAUGGGGUGAUUUACAUGAGUUUUGGCAGCACGAUCAGCUCCUCGAUGUUCAACAUGGAGAAGCUGAAUAUAUUUCUACGAGUGGUGUCCAAACUGCCAUAUACGAUACUUUGGAAAUGGGACGCGGAUGUAGAAAACGUGCCUGACAACGUUGUGGUGGGGAAAUGGUUCCCGCAGCGCGAUCUUCUUAAACACCCGUCCAUCAAGCUUUUCAUCACGCAAGGUGGGCUCCAGUCAACCGACGAAGCCAUCGACGCUGCGGUCCCACUUGUGGGCGUACCGAUACUCUGGGACCAGUGGAUGAACGUAGACAAGAUUGCCGAGUUGGGCAUCGGAGUCAUGUGUAGUAUACAUGACGUCACAGAGGAGAGCUUCAGAGCGGCGAUAGAUACCGUUCUUAGGGAUAAGAGAUACAAAGAAAACAUAGAGAACCUAAGAAAUGUCAUUCGUGAUCAACCACAGACACCGCUAGAGCGCGCCGUGUGGUGGUCGGAAUACGUCAUACGCCAUAAUGGCGCGAAAUAUUUAAGAUCUCCCGCCUUUGACAUGCCAGUCCAAGAGUAUUAUGAAAUUAAGCUUAUAUUAUCUAUAAUUUUAGUUUGUGCACUCGUUUUAGGAAUAAUUUGUAAGCUGUGUAUUAAAUUGAUAUCAAUUUUUAAACGGAAAACCAAGCUAGAGUGA